AUGAUUGGCAUCCGUAGAAAAGAGAUUAAAGUCGAAGAAGAGGAAGCGAACCCUGCUGUACUUGAGAACAUUCCACCUACCGAUCCACCAGAAUGGACUGAUCCUAUGAGAGGAAUUCUGAUAGCGUUGGUUGAACAGCAUAGAGAACUUUGGGAAUGCGCUUUAAAAACUACUAAAAAUCAAAUGAUCGACCAAUGGCAGGAAAUCUCACAGUUACUGCAAAAUUCGGACAAAAGAAUGACAGUUUUAUCCAUUCUUGAGAAGUGGUGUUGGAUGGUUGAAAUGCAUUCAAGAUCUUUAUUGAGUAACACUUGGAAGUGGCGAUAUUCGGGCGUCAUGAGCUUCCUUAAUUCUAAUCCAGAUAAUAGUUCACCUUACUUAGGGUGCAUAUCACAAGAGAGAUUUACAAAACUAACUAGUCUAUACGCUGUGGAGGAUUGCGAGAAAUUAGCUGCUGAAACUGUUUUACCGAAAAGCAAACGUAGAAGUGCUAUUCAGCCACUGUUUGCAGUUGAACUUCAAAUAUAUGAGAAAUUAGGAAAGAAAGUAGAACUGCCUGAAAGUGAAGGAGUUGUGACCCGAGCCUCAGGAAAACUAACAAACUCGGCCAACUCUUUAACUUCAAGCAACCCUGCUCCUCGACGGGGAAGACCUCGGAAAGGCACUAAAAUUAAUACGAUUGUCAGUGCGAUUAAUAAAAAUCAUGAAGCGCACAAAGAAAAAGAUAACGCACGAGUUGCUAAUCUAGAGUUGAAGUUGGCUACCACCCCCAAGUUCAAUAUUGAAGCUGUUGCUAACUUACUUGAUGAUGUAAAUAAAACUGAAGUUUUAGAGCCUGUAGAAACUAAACCAGAAUUACUAGAUGCUCCAGUCGAUGUGCCUUCUACUUCGUUAGGUUCUCAUCAAGUAGCAAGAGUAGAUCAAUGGACAAAUGAGUUAGUGAAGGCUUUAAUUGAGGAGAUAAAGCAGUAUCCUGCCCUUUGGCAUUCAUCUCAUCCUUUCUUCAGAAAUACAAUCAAAAGGAGAGAGUAUUUGAGUAAAGUGACUGAAGCUCUUCACAAACUUCCUGACGGACUACUAAUUAAUGAAGAUCACAUCGCUGGAAAAUGGUCUUUACUUCGUGAAUGUUUUAACAAACAGCAUAAGAAAUUAAAAACUAACGGAGCAACUGGAUGGGAGUUCUAUGAGAGUAUGGCCUUUUUAACUCCUCAAGUCAUGAAUGCAUGUAGAUUUGAUGACAUAGGAGAUACUGAAAUUAUGGUACUUACUUCACCUAAUGCUGCCACUGCGAGCCCGGUUUCUAACCUGACUUCUACCCCCUCCUCAACAGUCGUGGCUGGUCCAUCAGCUACUGCAACAGUAACAACAACGGCUGUCAUGGACAUGAGUGAGGGUAGUGAUGUUGGGUCAUAUUUAAAACGAAUUUUAGGCUAUCACGGUAAUACAGAAGAUAAUGAUGCUAAGAAGCCUAGAAUCGAAGCUAAUGUUCCUCCUGUAGCUAUUUCAACGCCAUGUGCGAAUGCGAAAAAGGCCAACGCAACUCAGGCCGCUUCUACUUGGGUUCCUCCGAAAGAAGACAGUGUUGCUGCCGCAAUGCAAUGUUUGAUAUCACAGGAGUAUACUCCAAAAGCAACUGCGACGGCUCAAAUAACAUCUUCCAAAUCUCUUUCCUCCAUUUUGUUAGAGCCUGUUAAAAGAUUGUCGGAUACUGAUAGCAAGAAGAAAUCAGUUUCUCAACCUCCACAACAGUCUCAGAUGAAAACUAUCAUUUCGUCUCUCUCAAGAUUGAAGGAAGUUAAGAGAGAUGAAAAAGAUAAGUGGACAUUGAUGGGAGAACUUGUGGAACAAACCUGCCGAGAACUUGAAGCCAAAUCACCUGCUUUAGCGGUUCACUUACAAAAAGAAAUAAACGAUAUGUUAUUCAAGUACCAACUGGAGAGUGUUGGUCAACGAUAG